ACUGGGCUACCACAGGUAUCCCAGUAACAACAGCCGAAUUCACUAAGACAAAAAGAUCGCUCGGAAUGACAGCGCCGUAAAACUCGGUUGCAGUGACUGAUCUGGCUUUCCACUCAACGCAUCGGAAAGAUACUCGGUGAUUCAACUUUAGCCUCAUCAAGUUCUAUGUUACCUCGAUCAGAAAUAAUUCUGAAUUGGCGGUGGGUCGCACCUACAGCAUCUGAGGGAAACACUUAAAAAGAAACCAACCAACAGCUAAUCGUGUGUUUAGAAUUUUAGUGAGUUAGACAAGGAUAAGGGAAAAUGAAUUACUUUCUGAACAGCACUCCACUUGAGACAAACUUAACCAGCAAUUUAACUGGAUAUCAAAAUUCAGACAGCAACAGCGGUGCCAGUUUAAGUGCCGUCGUGGGAUUGUCCAUCGCAAACAUAUUGGCGAUUUUCUUCGGAACAUUGGGAAACUCUCUGGUAAUAGUAUCGGUAAUCAUCAACCGAGGCAUGCGUUCAACAACGAACAUUUUCAUAGCAUCGCUGGCUGGCGCAGAUGUCAUAGUUACUUCUACUUGCAUGCCGUUGUUUUUUGUGUACAAUGUUUUGACUUGGCCAGUGUGGCCUUAUGGAAAGACAGGCUGUAGGAUUUUGUCGUUUUUGGUGCAUAUGUCAGUAAUGGCGUCGGCAUUAAGUUUGUUAGCCAUAUCGUAUGACCGCUUCGUGUCAGUUUUUUUCCCACUGAAGCGAUUAAUCACCCCUCCCUGUGCCAAAAAGAUUGUUGGUGUCAUUUGGUUUGUGUCGCCGUUUCUUCUCCUUCCUUCAUUGUUUCACCAUGACGUCGUUUCAAAAGGAAUAAAAGCAGCCAAGUGCGAGGAGUCCUGGAGGAGUUCAAAAGCUUUGCAUUCGUACCAAAUGUACCGGAUAUCAUGUUACUUUCUUUUUCUUCUACAGAUAUCAGUUCUCUAUUUUUUAAUUGGACGCCGUUUGUACACACGUCAGCAACCCGGCGAACAAACAUCUCAAAGUAAAGCAAAAGAUUUGCUGAGCAAACGAAAAAUAAUUAAAAUGCUAUUUCUGGUGGUAGCGUUAUUUACUUUGUGUUGGCUGCCGUACAUGAUCAACAAACUUUUGAACAUUUUUCCUCCAAGCCCGGGUUAUUAUGCGCCAGAUUUGUUUGUUUUUGUCGGAAAUUUUUUGGGGCUGCUAAACAGCGUCGCAAACCCAAUAGUUUAUGCUGUGCUCAAUAAAAAUUUUAGAAAGGCUUUUAAAAACGCUUUGCGAUGCAACUGUAAUUAUGAACUUGAAGAGCGACGGCGGACUGCGAGUGUUGUUAGCAAACAAGCACAACGAAGACAAUCGGAAAGCCUCACACUGGACCGAGUCCACAGAAACUCACUCUCGAUCUCGGACAAUCAAGUGGUCAGCUAUGGCAGAGUGGUCACUGGGCAGACUAGAGCUGAAAUCAAAUGUCUAUCGUUUACAAGUAUUGAACGGGAAGCUAUCCUGGAAUUGUCAAAAUUUCCGACGUGUUCUCAAAGUCAGGGGUUUUCAGGACGUAAUCCAGAGAAACGACGAGUUAGCUUUGGCGGCGAAUUAUUAAGUUCUAUGGAAACCAAGGAUCCCGAGGCACUAACCAGCGAAAACGGAAGUUUUAAUUUGAUGAAUGGGACAGGUCACUGUCCUAAUAGAGCAGAACAGGCAAGGCAAAGAUGUGGCACUGAUUUGAGUAAUCUGUCUCCUGUACAGGAAAAAGGGCAUGUAAAUGUCAGUUUUGAACUAGAUAGUGAUCGCAUUUGAUCGGAUUCACCUCGCGGUUUCUGACGCGAACAUCUAUAUUAUUGCCAGCAGAUCGCCUCACUGGCUAAUUCUGAGAAUGCAGAUUAACUUAAAAUAAAUCUUUGUAAAGUUAGGAAAGAAAC